CGCGGAGCUGUCAGUGCGCCUCCGGAGCUCUGUGAGGAAGAAGCGCGUCCGAACUGCGAGUACAAUGAAGAGGAGCCACAACUACAGCUCAUCGGACAGCGACCUGGACGACAAUGUGGAGGUGGAGAAGGACAGUGGCGACGAAAAUGGUCAACUUGACUCUCACGGAUCGAUGUCACCCUCCACGUCCACACAAGUUCAGGCCAGAAAAAGGCGCAGGGGGAUCAUUGAGAAACGCAGACGUGACCGGAUCAAUAACAGUCUGUCAGAACUGAGAAGAUUGGUGCCAAGUGCUUUUGAAAAACAGGGCUCAGCAAAGCUGGAAAAGGCUGAAAUUUUACAAAUGACAGUGGACCAUUUAAAGAUGCUCCAUGCAUCUGGUGGAAAAGGUUACUUUGAGGCUCAUGCUCUUGCUAAGGAUUACCGCAGUCUGGGCUUCAGGGAGUGUCUGGCAGAGACGGCUCGCUAUCUGAGCAUCGUGGAGGGCCGGGACAGUACAGACUCGCUCUGCGUGCGCUUAGUGUCCCACCUCAGCAGCUACGCCUCUCAGAGGGAAGUGCACACUGGACUGGAACACCUAGCCUGGGGCUCUGCCUACGGGACGGCCCCUGCCCAUCUCCCCCAUCCCCUCCUACUGCAGCACCACCAGGGCAGGACACCUGCAUCCCGAAACAAUAGCAGCCCGCCCUCCUCCUCUUCCUCAGCAUCCUGCUCCUCCUCCUCCUCCUCAUCCUCAUCCUCCACUGAGGCAUCUGGGACAUCCAGACUUGGUGUCUUGCCCCCCACAGAGUCCCUCAGGGUGCCUCCCAGCAGCUCCCUGCCCCUCAGUCUGCCUGUGCCAACAUCCAAGCUUUCGCCGCCACUCGUCUCCACCCUCUCCUCGCUCUCGGCUUUCCCGCUCUCCUUCGGUGCCUUCCCUCUCGUCUCUCCGACGGCUGUCAGCACAGCGAGUCCCUCCUCCAGCCUGUCGAAGCCUUACAGGCCCUGGGGCAUGGAGAUCGGGGCUUUUUGAAGCUAAGCACUGGACUGAAGGCAACAGCUGAGCUGUGCUCGACGGGAAACUUGCUCUGAAUGUUUUAUAGCUACAAAAUGCAGGGGAACAAGGCAAACUGAUUGUCUUUUUGUUUUUUAAAUAGGAAGAACAAGCUGGAGAAGGAUGUAAUUGUCAUUCCGCUUGUCCUUUGCCUUCAACUAAAAAAGAAUUAUAAUUGAGUUUUGUGAUGUUAUUCUUAAACAAACGAACAAAAAAAAAAAACCCUAGAAACUAAUUUAGUUAGCCUGCACUUCCUCCAGGUUGAGGAUGGAUAUAAUGAAAUGAUGAAGGAGCCAUGAAUAGAUUUACUGCAAGCACAAAUUUAGAGGUCAGAUUGCAUGGACCCUUUACUGAAACCUAUGCAUUUGUUAAGCAAAAACGUCUGCAUUUAACAUGAUGUACAUUUAUAUAAUUUGGUUUGCUUUUUAGUGACAUCCAAACUGUGGACAAGAAUAUGCACAUUAUUGCACCCUUGGUGGGAAAACUAACUUGAGAGUUGGAAACUUGCGUUCUUGUAUCUAUUUGUAAUAUUUUUGUACCAAUAAAUUGAGUUUGAAUGUAUCAA